AUGACUUGGUACAAGAAUCUGCCAAGGAACUCGGUUCGCUCCUGGGCCGAAUUCAAAGACAAGUUCUCCCACCACUUCACCGGAUCUCGUCGGCACCCGAAGACAGAGGCCUCUCUGGAAGCUAUAGUACAGGGACCAACCGAGCCACUCCGAGCUUUUUUGGACCGGUUCAACCGCAAAGCAGUUCAGGUGCCCACAACCGAAGAAAUGAAGCUGUAUCUGCUCGAUAAAGAACUCCGACCUGGCAGCGACUUCCACAAAGCUGUCGGCAUCGAGAAGCCGCGAACUUUGGAAGAACUCCUCAUCAAAGCUCAAGCGUACAUCACCUACGAGGAAAGGGCCAAUCCUCCUCGAAUUGAGAAGAGCUCCAGACGCGACGACACUCCUCCUCGGCGUGGAGGAGAAAAAAGAAGGGAGGAGAGGUCCCGCGACGGCAAAGAAAAUCGAGGCCCGUUUGGGCGUUUCACGGAAUAUACCCCUCUCACAGCUCCCCGCGAGAGCAUUUGGACAGAAUGCAAAAGCAUCGAAUUCAAAGACGGCGGAGUUUGUGUUCCGAAACCAGGGGCCCCGCGGCCGGGAGCAGACAAAUCCAAAUGGUGCAAGUACCAUAAAUCUUAUGGGCAUCUGACCGAAGAUUGUGUCCACCUAAAAGACGCAAUCGAAACACUCAUCAAGGAGGGACGCCUCUCGAAAUACACCAAAAGAGGUUAUGCUCCUCGGAAAGAUAAUGCACUUUCGGGGUAA